CGCCGCGGAGAAUUUUGAACGAAGUCGUCGCCUGAAAGACACAGACACACACAAAAAACCACCACCAACGGCUUUUGGGUCGUCGCGCGCACUCGGUCGCGCAGUUGAAGGUAUCUGAGGGAAAAAGAACGAGGGACGAGCGCGCGCCGCUCAGACGCAGGUUCGGCGAUACUUCUCUGUCCGUAAUGGCGGCGGGUGGGUGCGAGGGAGCCCGGCUGAAGGGCUCCGUUUGCGGUUCUCCGUUCGGCGCCGGGUCGGGAGGGGGUAGGAAGAGAGAGAUGAAGGAUGGAAGCAGGGGGGAAAUGGAGGCUCCCGCCAUAUACCUCACAAAGCGGAGCCCGAAACUGGAGAGGCCGUUUCUGCCGAGGGCGGCUGGCCUCUCGGGCUCUGACUGCUAAGAAACUGAAGGGGUCGGAUCCGCGCUUAGUCGUGCUCUUGGAGCACACUUGGUUGAAAGGAGCGGCCGCUUAAAAGUGGCGCGGGUUGGGUGCGACCCAGACGGCCCAGCACUCGUCAGAUAGGAGAAUUGUGAAGUCGGAAGGGACCCGGAGGAUCAUCUAGUCCAACCCGCCCCCUGCAUCGCAGGAAUAGGAAGCAGGACCGUUACGCGGCUGCGCAUUGAAAUCAAAUCAGGCCAGGCCCAAUAAUGAUAAUAAUAAUAAUAUAUACCCCUCCCAUCUAGCUGGGUUUCCUGUGCCACUCUGCGGAACAUUAAAAAGUGAUAAAACAUAAAGCAUUAAAAACUUCCCUAAACAGGGUUGUCUGCAGAUAUCUUCUGAAAGUCACAUAGUUGUUUAUUUCCUUGGCAUCUGAUGGGAGGGCGGGAGCAACUACAGUGGUACCUCUGGAUACGAACGGGAUCCGUUCCGGAGCCCCGUUUGCAUCUAGAAGCAAACAUAACUAGUGACGGCACAUCUGCGCACGCGUGCGUCACUUUUUGCCGCUUCUGCACAUGCGUGUGACGGCGUUUUGAGCGUCUGUUCAUGCGCAAGCGGAGAAACCCGGAAGUAACGUGCUCUGUUCCAGGUUGCCGCCGAGCGCAACUCGAACGCGCUCAACCCAAAGCAUUUAAUCCGAGGUAUGACUGUACUGAGAAGGCCCUCUGCCUGUUUCCCUAUAACCUCACUUCACAGUGAGGGAACUGCCAGAAGGCCCUUGGAGCUGGACCUCAGUGUCUGGGCUGAACGAUGGGGGUGGAGAUGCUCCUUCAGGUAUGUAGGGCCAAAGCCACUUAGGGCUUUAAAGCUCAGCACCAACACAUUGAAUUGUGCUCAGAAACGUACUGGGAGCCAAUGUAGGUCUUUCAAGACCGGUGUUAUAUGGUCUUGGCAGCCACUCCCAGUCACCAGUCUAGCUGCCGCAUUCUGGAUUAGUUGUAGUUUCCAGGUCACCUUCAAAGGUAGCCCCAUGUAGAGCGCGUUGCAGUAGUCCAAGCGGGAGAUAACUAGAGCAUGCACCACUCUAGCAAGACAGUCUGCAGGCAGCUAGGGUCUCAGCCUGCAUACCAGAUGGAGCUGGUAGACAGCUGCCCUGGACACAGAAUUGACCUGCGCCUCCGUGGACAGCUGUGAGUCCAAAACGACUCCCAGGCUGCAGACCAGGGAGUCCCCCACACAAAGGUUCCAGGUUCAAUCCAUGGAAUUGGAUUUGAUACUUGGGGGUGGUUUUUUUGGAGGAAGGGUAUCUGAAGUUUGGAAAGAGUCUGCAGUGGAUAUAGACUCCAGAAGCUCAAUUCAGGGAUGGAUGGAUGAUAAUAAUAUUCCCCAGCCACUCUGGGAGGCUCCCAACAGAAUAUUAAAAACAAUAAAACAUCAAGCAUUAAAAACUUCCCUGAACAGGGCUGCCUACAGAUGUUUUCUAAAAGUCAGAUAGUUGUUGAUUUUAGUAAGUCAGAUAGUUGUUUAAUUUACUAAUAACAAGUGCAGCGAUUGUGCUCUGAAGGUUUUUCUUUAUACACAGCUUGUUUGUAAAAGCAAAAACGUCUUAAGUGGUUAGGGUCUGAUAUCUCUUUUUCUAUGCUUUUUUUUUUUUAAGCAGUGUGUGUAUGGCAACACUGUUGCCCUACUGUAUGCUGAAGGGAAUGAGGGUGGAGGGAGGUUAAUAAGAAAUCUUAUUAAGAAAUAUGUAUUUUAAAAUGGGUAUUAUUCCUAGGUGGUUUUGACCAUAUUGUUUUAACAAGCUGUAGUUUGCAGUCUUUAAGACUACUGGUUCAAAUUAAAUAAGUAUAUUCUUUCAAAGUUAUGAUUUAAAAUAAUAGGCUUGCUCCAGUAAAUAUGUACUGUUGAAGAAUAGGCCAGACAUUACCUUUGCAGUACCAUUUUAUGAUAAAAACAGAUAGCUGAUAGAUUUUUGGGGGUGGGGGGUGUUAAUAUAAGAUGGGACAAAGAGUUCAUUUUUCUAUAUUGGUAAGAAAGCUUUUAAAUAAAUAUUUGUUAAACUGUAAUCAGUUGCUUUUGUAUUUUUUUAAGGUGGAAAAUGACUAGAGAAAGGUGCUUGAAAAAGUCAUUUAAGGACAGCCUGGAAGAUAUAAAAGAACGAAUGAAAGAAAGGCGAAAUAAGAAAUGGGCACAGUUGGGCAAAACCAAACAAGUCUUAUCUGUCAACAGUAAAAUUGCAAGUAAGUAUUUUUUAAUACUGUAUUUUAUUCAAAUUUUCCCAGAAAUAGAAAUUUUAGGAAUUAUUUCCAUUUUUUCCAGGCAACUCAUGUACACUGCUGAAAAGCUUUCAAACAAACAAUCGAGCAUUAGCUCUGGCUUUGGAAGAGGAGAAGAGCAAAAUGAGGGAAGCACAAGAUACAAUCCUGUAUUUAAAGAGAGAAUAUCAGAGUCUGAAAUUUCAGGUGUUUGCCUUGCAUAGAAAGCUGGCAUUACAACAAGGAAAAGAGCAUUCUGAGGUAUUUUAUCUUAAUACAUGUUGUACAUAUAUAAUGCCCAAUUAAAAUACAGGUGGCAAUUAUUUUAGGAGUGUCCAUUUGACAUAUGAUUGCCGGCGCAUGGGUCCUUUUGCACCCAAAAGAGAGUAGGAUGGGGUGAACUUAUAUGUGCUCCACCAACACACGCAGGGCCCAGGAACAGAACAUUUAUUUAUCACUUCAGACCAGAACCAGAAGGAGUUUUGAAGUUGCAAGAAGAAUAAAAUGCAAUCUGUAAAUAAAUCCCUUAAAACGUUACAAAUAAUACUAAAAGUGUUUAUCCAAAGAAUUACCUAAAAGCACAAAAUAUCCACUUCAGCUGAAAACACAAAUGACUACAAAAAGAAACCACAUAAAGCCAGAUCAUUAGGGCUGCCCCAAUGCCUAGAAAAAGAAAUGGUAUUUAUUUUUCUGUUGCCAAAAAGAUGACAAAUGUUAGUGGCAGACAAGCUUGCAGGUGUAGAGCUUUUCAUAAUUGGGGACUGUCGCAGAAAAGGCUUGUUCUCUUGUCACCCUACUGACAUACUUUGCGUGGGCACAUACUUUGUGGCACACAGAUGAGGACCUCAGAUGUCUUAUUUCAAGGUUUGGGUUGGUUCAUAUGGGGAAGGGUAGUCCUUGAGAAUGUAACCUGUGGUAGCAGAUAACUUGUAUAAUAAACAAGAAAUAGGAGCCACUAUUUCCUGUUCAUUUCAUUUCUAAACAAGCUCACUGUUGUAACUACAUCAGUUAACUCUUUUUGUUUCUGUUAGACUAGAUUAAUGGCUUUGAAGGAGAUUAUUUCUAAAGUUGUUCAAGACCUACUCAAUGCAACAAGUCUUCUUGGUUCAGCAAAAGAUCAAUAUAACACAGCUCUUGUAAGUCUUUUUCCCAUCCUUAUAUUUGUAUGUUACUUUCUGACUUUAGGCUGUUAUCAGUUCUGCAUCCAUUAAGAUAAUUGCUUAAAUAUUUUGCUGUUACUGUCCAAUAGUAACAGUACCGUAUUUUUCGCCCCAUUGGAUGCACUUUUUCCCCUCCAAAAAUGAAGGGGAAUCUGGGUGCGUCCUAUGGGGCGAAUGCAGGCUUUCGCUGAAGCUUGGAGAGCACCGACCCCCCUCGCUCUCCAGGCUUCAGGAAGACAUCCGCAGCCUAGGCAGCCCUGUGGGAGUUCCCGCAGGGCUGUCUAGGCUGUGGAUAGCAGCCUGCUUCCCGGAGCGCCUGGCGCCCUGAAGCAGAGUGCGCCGGGCAGACAUCCGCAGUGUGGGGAGCCCUGCGGGAGUUCCCUCGGGGCUCUCCACGCUGCGGAUAGCAGCCCGGCGCACGGGGCGCCCUGAAGCAGAGCGCCCCUCGCGCCGGGCAGACAUCCGCCAGCCCCACAAGCUCGGGGGACAGUGGGGAGGCGCAGCGCCACCAUCCCGCUGUUCCCCGACCUGGUUUUGGGGGAGAAAUAACGGAAAACAUUUUUUCCUUUAUUUCCCCCCCAAAAAACUAGGUGCGUCCUAUGGGAUGGAGCGUCCUAUGGGACGAAAAAUACGGUAAUCUUUUCUGUUACUGUCCAGUAGUCUGCCUCAUAAGCUGCAGCUGGGAGCCACAUUUUCAUACAUCUCACUUUUAUUAUGUGCUUCAUGUAUGGUCCAUACAGCAUAAUGGUUUUCAGCAUAAUAUCUUGAAUUUUUACAGAACCAGACUCUCAGUGCCUCCAGUGCUGAAGAGUGUGAUUCUAGCAAUGUAAGAAGCCAAGAUUCCUUGUAAGUAUGCUUAAUAUAUUUCAUUUUCUGCCUGUUUUUUCCCUUCAAAACAAAAUUAAGAAACUUGCAUCAAUAAAAUAUAUUUUAGAUUGUGUUUUAUACAUGCAGGUACACACACACACACACACACACACACACACACAAUGCUAAUUGAAAAUGGUUUCUGUUUACUUCAUUGAUCACUUCCCCCUCCCCCCCAAAAAAAUGUUGCUGUGGGAUAGAAAAAAGUUUUCUCAUGUCGACUGGUGGUUCUUGCAUUUCAAGAGAUCUCUAAAAAGCCUAUAUAUUUGAUUAUGAAAACUAUUUCAUGAGUAUAUGUACUAAAGAUUAUAGUCCAUGUUAUUAGAGCACUGAGUCAAAAUUAUGUGAUGAGGGCAACCCAAAAGUGGAAAAUGCAGGGUAUAUGAGAAGAGCUUAGACUUCUGUGUCUCUCAAUUAUGAAAUAAAAUGAUUAGGAUUGAGAAAAUUACCAAAUGACCUGUUAACAAUGCCAAGCUCAAAAAUGUUCGCAUAGAUCUGAAAUUAUGAUUCAGGAAAGUGUGCUAGAGUAGCAUGAACCCAGUCAUAUUCUGCAACCAUAUUUUCUCCAUAAUUAAUCAUCAGGGUUGGUCUGUGGGCUGGAGUUUUGAUUGAGUGUGGGCCAAUGAGUCAGGACCAAAGAGCAAUCUGGCAAACCAGGAAGCAAAACCCAAGAGGCAAGUUCAAAGAGCAGGACCAGAAACACAAGGCUCACUCUUAACAAAGCACUACUGAGACAGGAAGCCCUCGUACAUCCCUUCCUGACCAGGAGAAAGCAAUGGUUAGCCUGCAUGAGUGAAGCGAAAUCUUGUUCCAUGUUUCCCCAGAGAGGGUGGAGUUAUGAAGAUCACAACAGGAGGCAUAUUUUAGCAGUUUCUGACAGUGUUAUUUCUUUAGAACAACUGUACUUUACCAUCAAGGACAGCACUUUUGAACAGGAAUGUUUCUUAGAAAAUGUGUUUUAAUGCAGUUUUUAAUUAAAACAUUUUUUCCCUGUCCAAAGCCAAUUUGAAGUUGAGAAAACUAACUGCCAAGUAGCUUUGUAUUUCAUUCUCAAGCGCAUAUUCCUGGAAUAUACCUUUGUUUACAAGAGUGAAGGUUCUCAUUCAGUUUUAAUUUAGGAAACCCUUAAUUUUUCUUGCGGGGUGUGUGUACCAAAACUGCUAUAUGAGAAUCUGCUCUUAAAAUAAUUCAGUGAAUUUCACCUCUCUCCCCCCCCCCCCCCUUAGGGCACAUCUAAGGCAUAUCCUUUCUGUAGAUGCAAGCAAGCAAGAUAAAACAUCUGGAACAGAAUUAAAGGAUAAUACAGAUACAAAUUAUUCAGAUGUUGCAGCUGAUUCUCAGCAAGAUGUUAUGACUGAAGAUGUUUUUUCAACAUCAAAGAAGGAUACAGGUAGGUAAUCCCGCAUUUAAGAUUCUAAACAUGGGUCAAAGGCUUUACUAUUAAAGAACCUUGGCUGGGUUCUAAAGAACCACUGCUGAUUCUGCAUACCUUAUAUUCUGUUUCUUAAACCACGUGCUUCUUUCGAAGCUCAGUGGAUUUUAAAAGCAGAUUACAGUAUUACUUGGAGGUUUGCUUAUUGCAGUGGGAGCGAGGAGUAUACCUUUCCUGUCUUAGGAACAACUAAAAUAGCUGUUUGGAUUCUGGUCACAGGUAGCAGCAUAACAUCAAAGAAGUUUCAUAAUCUUGUGCAAAGCUAUUUCCUUGCUAUGUGCCAUAACUGCACUUUUUAUGAAAGGUGUCCCUCUGCUGACAGAAGGCUCAUUAAUUUAGCAAAGCCUGCUGUCAGUGGAACAGGGAUUGAGGCAAUCUUCAGUGAGGCAGCCCCUCAGCCCAAGCUCUGAAGAGUCCCCCUGCCUCCAGAGCAGGUGGCAGUGGAGUUGGGGAUGCUGGGGAAGAUUCAUUUACAGUUGCCUUAAUCUCUGUUCUGCUGACAGAAGGCUCUAUUUGGAUCAAAGGUUUGACAGGGAUAUCAACUGUUUUGCAACCAUAAUGCAUUUUUAAUUAAACAUUUUAAGUCAAAUUUGCUGCCUUUAAUACUCAGGCAUGAGACAGUGGGACAUAAAUGUACAUAUAGAUUUGACAUAAUCAUUUGGCAUAAUCAACCGAUUCUCACAGGACUCAGUUCUGCAGUUCUCUUUCCCACUCUGCACAGCUUUGGCAAAGUACUUGUACUGAGGUGAAAAUGACCUGAUACAAUUACCUUUGCUUGUGGAAACAGAGCAAGUUCACAGAUUUCUGUUGUAAUUCUCUAUGCACAGGCAUUAUUGGUAAACGAUGUCUACUUCUGCUGUAUCAGUAUUAUAAUUAAUAAGAAUAACAAUGAUUUUAUUAUUAUAACUGUUCAUUAUAACUCUUCAAUCUGAUGGACCAAUCUGCCAAACCUUACUAAACCAUAUUUAGCAUUUAAUUUUUUUCUGUGCUAUUCUAGUAACUACUUAAAGCUUUAAUGUAUGUAUUUUUAAGCUUGCCUGCAGAAUUGACACAUUAUUUUAAAUUACCAGGUUGGCAAAGUAGUUCCCACUGUCAUAUGGAGUAUCAGAACAGAAAUGAAGAGAACAUGCAAUUUGAAAGUAGCUUACUAAAAAAUGUAUCUAUCCGUCGUCACUACUCCAGGAUCAAAACUCAGAAUCCAUUUGAUGUAUCUGAUAGUAGCAGUCCGGACGUACUUGAACAGAUAACAGAAUGUUGCCAACAAGAUGAACCUGGCCCUGAGUCAGGCUUGGUGAAAAAUAAUGAACAAUAUGAAGAAACUUACAUUUCUCAAGAGAAACAUAAGAUAAACACAGACAAAACUUUGGAACAGCCUAAUAUGUUACCUGAAUCAAAUACCCCAACAGCAGCCCCCAAACAAACUGAUUUUAAAAUUGUUGGAGGUUCUCAAAAACACAAAGAGAGAGACCAGAAAAGAAAGUUGGAAACAAAAACUAGAUCCAGGACAAGGUCCAGAAAAGAGAGAAGCCAUAAUAGGAAGUGCUGUUCCAAAGAAAAAACAGAUAGAUCAACUGGUUCCAAUGAUGCUUAUGAUUUUGUUUUUGAGGAGUGUGUCCAUAUCACACCUUUCCGACAAAACAAAGUUGAAGAGAAUAACGUCCAAGAAAAAAAUAAUAGAGAAGAAUCAGAAACUUCUUGUAACGAAUCAUUUGCUUCAGAAGAGGACUCUGAUGAUAGUCAGUAUGUGCCUUGCAUGAAAAAAUCCAGGAAAAGCUUAGAAUGCACAACUGAUGGCAGCCCAAGACACACAAGGCAACAAUCAAAGAACGCUGUGAAUGAACAGCAUGGCAGUAGUCCUGAGGGGAAAAACAGGAAUACUAAAAAAUCUGAUGAUUCUGCAAAUAAGGAAAAUGUUGAAAGUAAGUUAUAAUUCUGUUUUGAAAAAAUCUGUAUGUGAAUAAGCAUAGAUAUACCGACAGUUAACUCUGAAAAGUUUGGAAAUCUAAAUUUGAUCGAACACAAUAGGAUUUCUCUUUCUUUGGCUGCAAAAAGGAUAAAUUUAAUUUGCACAAGUGGAAUGCCACAACUGGAUAUUUCCUAGUUUUUCCUCCACUUUAGAAUUGCCAGGAAGAGGUCUAACUAGACCAGCGGUUUUCAACCUUCUUAAGUCCAUGGCUCCCUUCACCAACCACAUUCUUUCUGUGGCUCCGCUGUGGAAGCCACUUACACUGGGAUUGUUACAGGAUGCACAUAAGUGGGGAUUUUCUCGUUCUCCCCCCAGCCCUUUUUGGCACCAUUUUUGGUGCACAUGUAAGUGGGAGAGCACAUGCAGACUGGAACCCAAGCAAUGCCACUUCUUUGCGGGGCUGAGUUGACGUACCCCACCUGGCAACCCGUGUCUUCCUUCCCUGAAAUUAGCAUGCACAUAAUGGGGGGUGGGACAGAGAGGGCAAUACCAGAUUAAGAUCAGAAGCAGAAAUAUUUUGUCAUUAUGGGGAAGGAAACCACGAAACACAGCACAGGACACACAUUCAGACAUGCUCCUUUCCUGCAACAUUCUCCCUGUCCACAUAAAGCUGGGUGACUGUUAAGGAGGGGGGUGUUGCCGGCGGGGGGGGGGGGAGAGAGGGGGGAGGGAUUUUGAAGGUAGGAGUGAGAAACAGAAGACACUCCUAAUUUUCAGGGUUAUUUAUAAAUCCCUCAGAACACACAUCUAAGCACACACAUCAUCAAGCUACUUUGCUGUUUUCUUGCAUUUCUCAUGCCCUCUGUGUAAAACUAUGGAACUGUUAGUUACUGAAGCUGGGGAGGAUUUUUGUUGGGGGAGAUUCUAAGAAGAUAAACAGUCAUGCAAAAGUGUCUCCACUUUAUUUGCCACUUUUAUUUCAGGAAGAUAAUGAGCUGCAAGUUAAAUCUGCCGGUUCCCCUAAACGUUCCCCAGAAAGAAAGACAUAAUGCAGGAAGAUAUGGGCUGCAAGUUAAUGAAAGUAUGGCCCCCAGGGCUCCCCUAAACGUUCCUCAAGUCCAUGGUGCCACAGCACACUGGUGGAAAACCAAUGAACUAGACACAAACAUGUCUUACAUUUUGUCUCCCAAUAAAGAGCACUCACCCUCUGGAGCUUCCCAGAGGGAGAAAGAAAUAGCCAUAUUCCUUUUCCUGAUUGAUUUGCACAUCAUAAGCUGUUAAAAAAUGACUAAAAGGAAACACAUAAUUUGCACACAUUUUAGUCUUAUAACCUGUAUAAGGUGGCCUGUGGGCCAGAUCCUCAAUUCCCCCACCUCCCACAGGCAAACUUUGAAAGUUCAAAGGAUUUCCUGGUAACCACCGAUCACCCUUUGAACUCCCAUUUGCAGGCAUGGUUUGAAAUCAAUUGUAACUGCAAAUGGAAUUUCAAAGGGACUCAGUGGCAGUCAGUAGGCAUUGUCUGCAAGCCUUGGCUGCACUAUGGAGUUCCUGACAAGGAAAUUCUUAGUGUAACUGAUUCUAGUGUGAUCCCAGGAGAUCACAAAGAUUCUUCCUUUGAAGCUGCAUCCUUAGCUGCCCCAUGCAUAAUGUCAGGCUGGCAUGGUUUGGUGAAUAUGGCCUCAUGGACUGAAUUGCUACAGCCCAACCCUACAAAGGUUUUUUAAAAGGUUUAGACAACUCGUGGGCCAUGGCUUAAAAGAUUAGUGCAGAUUUUAUAUGCCUGUGGCAGUGGUUUUCCAGCAAGAGCCAAGUCUGGUUUUAUCAUGAAUAUUGGUUGUUGUCAUCUUAAAAAUUGAAUAAACUUAACAUUCUGCAGAAUUCAGAGCUUUACCAAUAUUAAGGGGGUGUUUGGAGCCACAGGAAAAGGGGUUUGUUUAAAGCUUAUUCAUUGCUGUCACUACCAUUUAAACAUUUUCCCCCCAGCAGAUAAACCAUCUAGGGCUCUUCAAAAAUGCCAUCCCUGUUUCGGUGAUAUUACCAAUUUCGAAUCAACUUCUAUCCAAACUAGAGUUUCUCACCCACUGAUGAGUACUGGAAUAAAAGGUACUCCUCGAAAGAAACGUAGAUGUACUGAUCGUGUGAGCUAUAAGGAACCAAGUCUCAGCAGGUCAGUAUAUUUGUUUCUAAAUGGAUAUGCACCAGUUUCUUUCAGAACUUUGUUGUAUAAUUUAGUUUUUAGAAAUUUGUUGUAUUAGUUUAGAAAUAAAUUUUGAAUAUAAAAUCCAACCUUGCUUUAUGAAUCUGACUUGCUUAUGAAUUUAGUUAUGAGGCAAAGUAAGAAUUACAUGAAUGCUUUCAAAACUAAUGUACUAUUUUGCUUUGAUAGGAAGCUCAGAAGAGGAGACCCUUUUACAGAUAACAUCUUUCUGGAUUCUCCAAUUUUUAAACAGAAAAAGAGCCGCAUGUGUAAUUCUCUUAAAAAGAAAUCACUGCCCAGAUCUAAUGUGAUAUUUGAAUGCGUUGGUUGAUUUUAAUAACAUUUUUAGGGAACAAACCCUUUAACUUGACAACUUAAGUAGUUGUAUUGAUAUAAAGGUAAAGUGUAUUUGCUGAAAUAUCAUUACUGGAAAAUCUCAACUAUGUACAUAAAACAGCUUUUAGAUUUUAACACACCCUGGCUCAACAACACACAUACAAUUGGAAUUUAUGUAAUAUAUAAACAACUAGAUUUUAUAUUAAAAAUUGUAAACAUCAAAUUUGUUGAUGUAUUUAGUGUCUUUUUCUAGUUUCUUGUUACACAGGAAAUGGGAAUUUCUUUUUGCUUGAAAUGUAGAUUAAUGUAAUUCUACUUUUAUAGCAAAUCUUCAGAUUACAGAUUUAACUGUUGAAAGUCUUUGUAGUGUUUUCUAAAUGAUCAUCUUGAAAUAAAAUGUGUCAAUGUUUUUGAAAAAGAUAGCUAUUUUAGUUUGCUAUCUCAGUAGUGCUAUUGUUCCAGCAUCCAUUCCGUUGUGUUUGUUCCGAUGUUUCACUUUAACUGCAUAAGGAAAGUAGCACAGCUAUCUUAAAAAGAUUCCAAGGUGCAUUCUUACGCAGUUACUUGGAAGUAAACCCUACUGAACACAAUGAUUCUGAGUAAACAUGAAUAAGCUUACCCUCUGGCUGUCCUCAAUCUACAAGUAGGUUCCAAGGGGUGAAUUGGAAUGCUCAAUUUAUAAGCCAACAUUUUUUUGUGCACUUCAUGUGUGUAGACAUGAAGUACUGAACAUGUAAUGAAGAUAGUUUCUUUUGGUAAUAGUUGCACUCUUUUCAAUUCAGAUCUAUUCUUGGGGUGGGGGGGACCCUCAAUGGGUCCACAGGAAAACGGAGUAACUACAUGGAAUAGCAUAGUGUUUGGUUCUUACCAUCUGAAAGUGAUGGUACAAUUGUCAGAAAGUCUAUUCACACAAGUUAAAUAUUUCAGAGGUUUUUUAUAUGCAAAGUACGAAAUAGCACACAAGAUUAAUUUUAUACAUAUAAUUUAAAACCAUUUUAUACCAGAACAAUAAAUAAUUUUACAAAUGUAGAAUUUCACUUAAAGCAUUUUUAAAACACAUCGUACUAUAUAGCUUUAUUGCACAAUAUCUAUGAAAAUAAUCUUUAAAUUAGAAACCAAAUGUUCUCAAUAUAGAAGAGACUCUAAUUUCAAGACAAUAAGAAUCUUUGAAAAUAACACUUUCACAGGAUAUCAAGCUUAAGAGGUGAUUUUGUUGGCCCAGUUUACAAAAUAAUUGAGAAUUACUGCUUAAAUACUCUAACACACAGCUGCAUCAUUGUACCUUAAAUACAAAGCCAAAUAAAUUGAUUUUUAUAUAAAGCACUAAGGCAUUUAUAUGUCACCAUUUUGACUUAAUUUUGUACCAUUACGUAGCAAGGGUAAUCUAGUCUUAGAAUAAACACUACCAUAGCCAUUUUGAAAAUAAAUUUCUCUUGUAAUUCUGUUUGGCAAUUUUUUAAAAUCAGUUUUGCUAGUGAAAUAUUUCAGCGCAUAUAAAAACAAUGAAACUAGUUCUUGAAUGCCUUUGUAUAAAUUAGGAGAAAGAAAUAAAAUGAAUAAAUUUACUUUCUUGGGUGUUGCAGAAUUGCUGCCUGCUCACAUUCAAACAACUGAAUGGCAAGUGAAUAUUUCCUUCCCUCACCUACAUGAAUGAAAGUGUAACUCCAAUAUUUAAUGUAAUGAGUAGGUAAAAUACAGAAGUAAUGAUCAAUAAUGUUCUAGCAAUACUUCGGUUGAAAAUCAGUUUAAUGUAACCAAAAGAAUCCCUAUAAACACUGGGAGAGGUGGGUGUGCUCAAAACUACUUUUAUGGGGACGUUCAUGAAACCUUUGAAAGUAUCAACAGUAUUGAUCUAGAAAGUGUUGAAUACAAGAAUUAAAUAAUUUGUGGUAGUAGCAGCUAGAGAGGAGACAUUCCCAUUGGGUAAGUAUAGUAAAGGAAGAUCAUAUGGGCUUGUCAAAUGCACAUAUAAAUCUGCAUGUGCUUUGGUUUCAUAUGUAUGUCAGUCACAUCUGGUCAGUGGUGGAUCUUCAUGCUCUGGCACCGGGGGGCAGGGUGUGCUGCCCGCAGGGGCAGGGCGCAGGCAGCCACGGUGGCACCCCACUGGGAUUGCACCGCCAGGGGCGGUGCGUUUCCUCUGCCAGUGCACCUGGUGAAAUCUAGUGUUAGCCUAUGUGUGUGAAAAUCAAGACUAUCUCUUUUCACCCAAGUACUGCAGGACCAAGUGUGACUUUAAGGGAAGAAUGGCUUUUCAGGGAUAAAGGUAUGUAAAAACUUAUGCAGACAAAGCAUUUGCUGGAUUGGGGCAUAAAGGUAGAAAUGGUUAUCGUUUAUCUGAAUUAAGCUUUUGCUGGCACUACAAAAGUGUUAAAAAGUGGUUUGUGACUACCACAGAUUUUUUUGGAAGUGACCUAACACAGUCAAAGUCAGAUGAUGCUACAUAUUUAGAUUUUCUUUGCAAACUCUAAUAUUAAAGAAUCAAAUUCACAGAGGAAGUUUGAACCUACUGGGGUUUUUGUAUCUUAGAGGAUUUCUCUUUCUUUCAUAGCACCUUCUUAGUUGAGUGUUUCAUUAAAAUAUAUAUAAAACUCAUUUCCCCCUUCAUUAGCAUCUUUUGUAAAAAAUAAAAAGCUAUUUUACAAUUUGAUACUGCAUUACAUUAAGCUUAAACAUUCACUGCUUGGAAAAAUUUCCCUUUUCAAAUCCCCAAACAGUUUGUGCAAUACUUCUAAUAAAAAUGUAUUAUUGAAUACACUGCAAAAGGGCAUGCAAGUGUACAUUUAAAAAGACUUUAAUAAAAUAAACUCUUCUAUAUUACAUGUUUUAAAAGUGCUAGUAAAUAAAAUGUUUUUUUAAAACACAAAUUUCAAUUCUAUUCAAAGAUCAACUGCAUAUUCUGCUCUUAAAUUAGGCAUCUUGAUUGCAUGAGAGAAGGACUGAUUACUUGUCAAUUAACCCAGCUUCUUUAAUUUUUGUGUAGAAGAAUUUCUCCAAUAUAUUGGCACACUUGUAGUAUUCACUUUCAGGAGGGUUGUACUCUCUGCAGUUAGUAAAGACUCGCUGCAGAUCUGCCAUGAAUAACUUCUUGGACACGUAGUACCUGUUCUUCAGUCGCUCACUCAUCGUUUUCAGAUCUGUAUAAAAACAGAAAAAUCAAGUCUUGUUCCAACAAUAUUAAUAUAUCCUAGACUUGAUUUUUUUUACUAUUGUCAUCCUCCCCACCCUGUGCUUCUUUAGUGAAAAGGUCCUGUUUCAAAAGUGCCCUUACAGACCUCCUAAUUCCUAUUUUAAAACGUACACGCUGAAAAUAGGCUGGUGGUGAGAGCUCUUUCCCCCAUUUUUAUUUUAAACCUUGGCCUAUGGUGAUGACCAGACUACAGUUGGAAUCAUUCCAGCAAAUAUGAAUUAUGAGAAAUGGGGGGACACAGUGGCCAGAGUUGUGAUAUUACUGCCACUAUGGGCUACAGUUUGAAAAGUAUAUAAAAAAAACACACCAUCAUGGUAAGUGCCCCCCCACCAGCCAGACCUGCAGCUCCCAUCCCCUGAAAUUAAAUCAUCUGGGUCGAUGAAAAUCUCAGUAGUGAAAACUUGUACUUAUUUGGAGGGUAGGGCAAAGGUGUCAAUGUAAGCUAUACAUAAAACACUUUUCUACUAUCCAAAGUUCUGUUACUACAAGUAAUUUCCACUUACACAGAAGGACUAGGGUAGUCUUUAUCUUAAGGGAAAGGUUUGAUCCCUGGUAUCUGCAGGUAGAGGUGGGAAUAUCCCUGUUUAAAAUCCUGGAGAGCCACUGCCAGUAGGUGAAGAUAAUACUGAACUAGAGAGACAAAUGUUCUGACUCAGUAUAUGGCAGCUUCCUUUUCCUGUUUCCUUUUGUACUAUAAAUGCAAGAACUGCUGCACUGUUGCAGUGCACUGCAAGAAACUACAGGCGUUUGUGCAAGAUUUCAUGGAGCAGUAUAAAUAAACUUCCCCCCUCUUUUACUCUUGGUUUCUGGGAGCAAAGCCUAUAUACUCAAUUUGCUUCUGGUUCAUUGAAUGCUCUACUUUUUAAAAAGUUGAUGGCCUUACCCAUGGGGAACCUUAUAACUUCAUAAUAUCCAGGAGCUUCUGUUCUCUUCACUGGUUCCAUGAAUGGCCAAGCGCUUUGAUGGCUCUGGUAGAUGGGAGAAAAUACACUCAUGUAACAACGCUCCAUAGCGGAAAAGGUUUUCAAAAUAUUUACAGAAAAUGAAUGCUCACCUUGACCUGCUGCAGAAUGUUUUUUAGUGUGCUGUAAAGUUGAUCUGGAUCUUUGGGUUCUUUACUUGAAAAAAAAGAAAAGUAGACAAGAUUAAAAUGUAUGAUUUGUUCAGUUGCGUAAUGCUCUUUAAUUAAUAAAAAGCAAUCGGCCAC